UGUAUGCGUCAGACAGACAACGUCACUUUCUUUUUGUGAUCGUACGAAUCGCGAAAAUAUUCAGACUUCUAUUUUCUGUACUUCUAUUGGUAAUUCUGCCGAAAUGUCGAAAGUAACUUUCAAGAUCACACUAACUUCUGAUCCUAAACUGCCGUUCAAAGUAUGCUGAAUGGCCCAGCGCUCUGCGUUGAAGUUAUAAGGUUUAAUAAUGGAAACGGCUGUAGUGCAACAGUUCCUCAACUUCUUCCAAGACUAUAUAGACCUCUGUCAACUGGACAACUGGCCUGACAAUGAUACAACAGAGGCUGAACUUAGAAAUGCUUUACUAAUAUCACAACAUGUGGAAAGAAGUCUCGAUAGACUGCAGAAGAGAAACGUCAUCAAUGAAUUCUUAUCAGUAUUAAAUAGUCAUAAUGAGACCUCAAACAGUCUCAUUAAAAACUGCCUCACAGAUCCACCAAAGUAUAUCAUUAAAAAAAUAAUUGAUUCCAAUACAAAAAUAAAUCAAUUGGAUAUUGGAUUUAGAUUAUUUCUGGAGAUAUUUUCUGAGGAUAAAUUAGAGAACUGUUUAACUGAGUUGAUGCUUGAAGCAGCAUCUAAAGAAACUUUACUUAGGAAUGUGAGCAAUCAAGUGGGGAAAGAUCAAAUAUUAAAGUUUAAGAGUCAAGUUCUUUUAUUGGAACUGAGUGCGUGCCAAUCUGAUAUACAGAGCUUAUUAAAUAACUGCAAUCAGGACAUAGUGGAGUUAUUAGUUGUGUGUUUGUUGAACAAUGAACCAAAAUAUUGUAAAGCUGUGAAACUUAUUGCUGAUGGUAUUCUCAACAUUGUCAUAAGCAAAGACGUUACGUCCAAAAACUUUUGGAGAAUGCUCUUCAAAGUUGACAGCCAAUAUUUUAUAGAAAUGUGUGUAGAUAACUCGGAUAUUUUUACUUACAUUGUAGAAGCAUUAGCUGACUGCGGUAAAUUGUUAAGAGAGGGAAUGUCUUCCGAAUCAUUUUAUAUUGAACUGAAUUAUUCAGAAUUAGUUGGUGUGGUACAAAAGAUAUGUAGUAAUGAAUGUUUAAAGUCCCAGUUUUUUGAUAUUGUACAGAAUUAUGAUCAUGAUCUACCGUAUUGGAGGAAGAUUUUGUAAAUAUAAUAUGUGUAAUUUCA